AAACAUCUCCUCCCAAAUAUUUAUAAGAGGAUAGCCUAAGUCAAGAGUGUAAGAAAUUGCUCUCUACCUUAUCAAAAGAAAAGGGAUGGAUGAUUGGAUCAUAUAUCUACGAAUACCAAGAAUUUUGGACAUCACCAAGAUUGAUCCAAGGUGUUAUUGCAUGUCAACAACAAUUUCAAGCUCCACUAAUAUCAUUUUUGUUACAACUCCAAAAUCAGGAACCACUUGGUUAAAAUCACUUUUAUUCACUCUAGUGAAUCGAAUGAAGCAUUCUGUUUUUGAACAAAAUCACCCUUUACUUGUCAAGAAUCCUCAUGUUCUUGUUCCAUUCUUGGAACAUACACUCUAUGCUGAUGGUCGGGUCCCUGAUUUUCCAUCUUUCACUUCACCUAGACUUUUGGCAACUCAUGUGCCAUUUGCUUCAUUGCCAAAAUCUGUUCAAAAUUCAAAAACCAAACUUGUUUACUUGUGUAGGAAUCCUAGGGACACUUUUAUUUCUAUGUGGCAUUUUUCAAACAAUUUAAGACUUGAUCACAAAGAUAUCAAUUCCAUUGAAGAAAUGCUUGAUCUUUUUUGCAAGGGGGUGAACAUUUAUGGUCCAUUUUGGGAUCACAUGUUGGAUUAUUGGAAACAAAGCAUAGAAAAUCCCAACAAAGUACUUUUCUUGAUGUAUGAAGAAAUGAAAGAGAAGCCAAAAAUUCAACUUAAACGAUUGGCUGAAUUCUUAGAAUGUCAAUUUUCUAUAGAGGAAGAAAAUUGUGGAGUUGUGGAUGAAAUAUUAAAAAUGUGCAGCUUUGAGAAUUUAAGCAAUUUGGAGGUGAAUACAAAUGAGAAGUUGUCAACUGGAGAGGGAAAUAAAAUGUUCUUUCGUAAAGGAGAAAUUGGAGAUUGAAAGAAUUAUUUUACCGUGGAGAUGAGUGAGAAACUCAAUCGUAUCACGGAGCAAAAGUUUCAUGGAUCUGGAUUAAAAUUUUUAUAUACUUGAUUAGGCAU